AUGAGCGGAGCUCGUGUGCUAGCGAAUGUGCUGUGCCGGGCCGGGCGGGCGAAGACAGGCGGGCAGGGAGCGUGGAGGGCUGUUGCUGGUGGUACCCAGAUAUGCCCUUCAACAAGGUCACAAUGGCUCGUCGGCCGUUACGCAUCCUCCUCCGAGCCCCGAGCAUUACACACAUCUACCUGCCAAAGGUCCUCGGCAUGGCGCACAGAACGGUCGCAACCGCCGUCUACGAGUCUAAAUCUCCAAGACGAGCUACCGGAGCAGCUCCGCGGGGUGAUGCGCAGGCUGGCGCAUUCCGUCGUCGUGUGCACCGCGACGGACAGGGACGGGCAGCCGAGGGGUAUGACUAUGUCGAGCUUCGUCAGUCUCAGCAUGGACCCCGUGCCGCUCGUCACGUUCAACGUGAGAACGCCGAGCCGGACGCUGCAGGCUAUACAGGACGAGAACGGGCUGUUUAACAUUCAUGUCCUCGCGGAAGGCACCGAGGGCGCGAGGGUUGCGGAGUGGUUCACGAAGGGGAACAUGGGCGGCGAGGUGUUCAAGAACCUGCCUGGUGGUAUCGAAGUCGCGGAGGAGGAUGGGGAGGCGCCUGUACUCGAGGGCAAGGGUGUGCUAUUUGUGCUCAAGUGCCAGGUUCUCGGGGAAGGACUGGUAAGAGUCAGGGACCACGUCGUUGUCGUGGGAGAGGUGAAGGGGGUUGUUAGAGGAGAUGGCCAGGGAUUCGGGCUCGUCUAUGCUGAUAGACGGUAUCGGACUCUCGGGGAUGUUUUGGUGAAAGAAAACUGA